AUGACAAAACCCACCAGAACUGCCUCUGAUUCGUCACCUUUAAUGAAAAGUACCAAAUCUGGCAUUCUGUCUCGUGCAGCCUCUUCCUUCUCUCCAAGUGUGGUACCCAGCUUCAAUUCUACAACUACAUGGUGGAAAUACAACUAUUUGGCUAUCCUGUUCGUAGUGAUCCCAUAUUUGGUGUCUAUCUUUUUCUCUUGUACGUCUUCAACCAAUUGGGCCUCGACUAUCUCGGAUUUGCUCUUGGUACUCGAGGUGGCAUGGACUGUCAAGUUUCUCAUGACCUGGCCAACUAAUUGGACAGACCAGCUUAUUUUGUCGAAACGGAAAUUGAUUAACUAUGUGAAUUCGAUCGAUUUGGUAAUUGGGAAUUUUCCCAAUGGUCCAGAAACUGCGCUCAAUUAUGAGGUCGCUGCUAGUAAUCUCCAGGCUGCUCAGAACCUUCACCGAUACCUAAAAUAUGGUUUCUUGGCUGAAUUUGGCGGAGUUCUUGUUUCAGCUCUACUUUUCAAAUGGAUUUGUCUACAGUUGUCGGCUGUAGAUGGUGCCGUGGGCUUCUCGGAGGUCAAUAUCGCCAUGUUUGUUCUAUGGGGAACAUUCAAGUUGUCCAUCCAUCUAGCAUCUGUAGUUUAUGACGAGUCAUCUUUCGAUUCCGAUACGAUAGCUGAUGGCGGCUACGUGACAGAAAUGAAUUUGGACUUUGUGGCUAGAGUGAUUUGUGAGAGGAGUAAUGCUGCUAGGCAGCCACGAAUUCGGGUCAAAUCUAGUGAUGUUUCACAAGUUCCGAACAAAGAGCCCCCGCAUAUACCGGCUCCCCACAUCUUUGACAACUCUUCUAUAUCGAUCAUGCCUUUUCCACUCUCGUUAUCAAGAAAACUGAAGGUUUUUCCCAAAGCAUCCAAAGUGCGGACACUUGCGGCAAUUCAAGAAGUGAUCGAACAUGACGAGAUUAUUCAGUCACCAAAGUCUGCAAGAUGUUUAGCAGAAGUAUCUGGAAUUCAAAAAUACAUUCCCAAUCCACAAAAUCACAAAUCUCCUCCGAUUCAGGUAUCACAUCCAUAUUCUAUAACUCCUGGAAUCUCACCUGUCCAAUGCUGUUUAACAGACACAGAUGAAUCUUCAGAUGUUCCAAGAGCUCUUGGAUUUUUUAGGAUUUCGAUAGCAAAAAUUCACCAGUAUAUGAUUGAUCCUGAAAACCACAACAGCAUCAAGCUCUUUGAAUCGCUCUACCAGAAAACUCACCAAUCAAGAAUCAAAGUGUUCGAUUCAGUAUGGAACCUAUGGGAGUACAUCCAGAACUUCGACAUGCACAGUGGAUUCUUUGGCUUGUUAAACAUUGCGAUAUUACACCCGCUGAAAACUGUUAUCAAAAUUUUCUACGGGGUUCUUUUCUUGGUUCCUUUCAAUUUGGUGAAGUUGGUGGUAGCCAUAGUAUCCUUUGUUCCUCGUACUCUUGUCCGCAUCUUUAUUAUGGCUCCUAUUUAUUUGGUUGUGAAAUACGCUACAGAGAACGGAAACAGCAAAGGUCUGAUCAGCGGAAUCCGAGAUUAUCAUGUCCAAAACGGCAUUCCCAGGCAAGUUAAAGGCAACAUAUGGCCACGAUCGCAAUUUGAGAAGGUUGAUGUUCUCGAAUGGUGUCUCUAUCAUGGAAGUGAAGCUUACAGAGCAAGGUUGCUCGAAUUGGAAGAGGAAGAAAGGAAAAAGAAAGAAUCCGCUGGUAUGCUAGCACUUCCGCUUGAACUCAUCAUCCAUAUUCUCGAAAUACUUCAAUUCCACGGCAAUCUCAGGCCCAAAUUCCUCCGUGUGAGCAGGCUCUUUUACAUGGUCACCCUUCCCAUCAUCUACAGGUAUCCAAUAUUGAAGGGAAACAACUUCUUCCAAUUUGUCGACACCAUUUCGUCUGAUAAAAAGAUUGGUGAAUUCAUCCGCAUACUUGAUCUUUCUAAUGUCAACCAAUCUGGAAAGAAUGCUUUUGUUGCCAAAUUAUUGAAGAGAUCGAGGCCAUUUCUCGAAUCAUUUACUGCACCCCAAACAAGUUUUGGGCUUGGGCCCUUGAUGGCCCUCCGUGGUUGCCAACACUUAAAAGUGUUGGACCUUAGGCUCGUUUCUGAGACCUUGAAUCUUGAAGAGCUUUUUCAUUCCAUUCGUCUUUUGGAUAACCUCACCCAUCUCUCUUUUCCAAGAUCGUCCUUGGAGAUCAGCAAUUACAGUAGCAUCAAAUGGCCACCCAAACUCGAAUUUCUACGUGUUUCUGGAGGAAUUUCUGAUGAUUUUCUUAUGGAAUCUGAGUUUCCAGAAACCAUUUCGCAUAUGGAGUUUGCCCAUUGUCCCAAAGUUCGACAUGUUGGCUUCCAGCAUUUUCUUUUCAACGUUGGGUUCAAUUUGAAAUCGCUUCGAGUUCAGUUCCCCAUGCCUUGUCUUCAGUCCAACUCUCUCGAUAUUGUUUUCACCUACUGUCCGAACUUACUUGUUCUUGAGGUGUCGGUGGACUAUAUGCUGUCAGAGUUUUUCGAUGAAGAGUCACUCCCCAUGCUUCCUUAUCCUCGGCCACUCCGAACAUUGUACAUAGAUAGCAGCGGAAUGCUUGGGACCACUGAUAAGUUGGAUCCAUUAGACUUGGCUGUUGCACUUGGGGAUGAAAGGCUUCCUAACUUGAAGAAUGUACGGUGUACUGCGAAAUUGGGAUGGGAUCCUAAAAGUGACAGCGUGUCGUAUAUUGCAAGUGAGUUAGAUGAGAGGAGAGGAGGGCUUUACAUAGGUUACUAA